GAGUUGCAUUCAGGCACUGUAACCCCAAUGGAACCUGGGAUUUUAUGCACAGUUUAAAUAAAACAUGGGUCAAUUACUCAGAAUGUCUCAGCUACUUCCAACCAGAAAGCAACACAAGAAAGCAGGAGUUCUUUGAACGUCUCUACAUCAUGUACACUAUUGGAUAUUCCAUCUCCUUCAGUUCCCUAGCUGUAGCUAUUUUCAUCAUUGGCUAUUUCCGGAGACUGCAUUGUACCAGGAACUAUAUUCACAUGCACUUAUUUGUUUCAUUCAUGCUGAGGGCUGCAAGCAUCUUUAUUAAGGAUAAAGUGGCCCAUGAUCACGUGGGCAUGAAAGAACUGGAAUCGUUUAUGAUGGCUGACCCACAAAAUACAAUGAUAGCACCCCCAUUGGACAAGUCACAAUAUGUGGGGUGCAAGAUUGCUGUUGUGAUGUUUAUUUACUUCUUGGCCACAAACUACUAUUGGAUUCUAGUGGAAGGCCUAUACCUACACAGUCUUAUCUUUGUGGCUUUCUUUUCAGAUACCAAGUAUCUUUGGGGCUUCACCUUGGUAGGCUGGGGAUUUCCUGCAGUGUUUGUUGUGGCCUGGACAGUGAUACGAGCAAUAGUAGCAGAUGAAAAACAUCUCUCUUGGCUUUACAGGUGUUGGGAGCUUAGUGCUGGGGACUUCAAAUGGAUUUAUCAAGCACCUAUCUUAGCAGCAAUUGGGCUGAACUUUAUUUUAUUCCUCAACACUGUGAGGGUCCUGGCCACUAAAAUAUGGGAGACCAAUGCUGUAGGAUAUGAUACAAGAAAACAAUACAGAAAACUUGCAAAGUCUACUUUUGUUCUGAUCUUGGUCUUUGGGGUCCAUUAUAUUGUGUUUGUGUGUCUGCCCCACACUUUCACUGGAUUAGGAUGGGAAAUCCGAAUGCACUGUGAACUCUUCUUUAACUCCUUUCAGGGUUUCUUUGUUUCUAUCAUCUAUUGUUACUGCAAUGGAGAGGUUCAAGCUGAAAUCAAGAAGACAUGGACCAGAUGGAAUCUAGCUGUUGACUGGAAAAGGACAACUCCAUGUGGUAACUAUAGGUAUGGCACUGGUCUCACCAACAUGACUCAUAGUACCAGUAGCCAAUCUCAGAUGAUGGCAAGUGCCCGCCUGGUGCUAAUCUCUGGCAAAGCUCCUAGGAAUGUCAAAAGACAGCCUGAUAGCCAUGUGAAUUUACCAGGCUAUGUCAGGAGCAACUCAGAACAGGACUGUCUCCAUCAGUGGAACCAUGAAGAACCCAAUGAAAAUGAAGAGAAGCAGGUGGACGCCAUAUCAUUGAAGGAGUGUUUGAAGCCAGUGGGAACUAUCAAGGAUGCUGAAGAAAACAAAGGUGAAAUUGAGGAUGCUGUCUGAGUGUCUGAAAUUAAUGAGGCCAUUUGGUUUUAUUAUGAAGGGAAAACUUUUUUUUCCUGAGCCAAAUUUGUUGACAGUUUGAUGGUAAAUUAUUAAUCCUAAGAGUUAUCCAUUAUUAAGAAGAUAAUUCAAUAAUCAUUAAAGUCAUUAAAUGAAAAUUAUAAAUGUUUAUUUUCACAUGAAAUGAUCUUUGAUUUGUACCUUGUUGUUGUUGUAUCUAUUUAGCCUAUAUAUUAAUUUACAUGACUGUAGUGUGAAAAUAUUUCACUGAAUUGGGUCAGUCCCUAAGCAGAAAAGAUCACCAAAAGUUCAUGUUUUUACAGACUGAAGCUGAACCCAAGAAGGUAAAAAUCAGAUGGCAUUUGCCUGAUUUUUGCCCCUUAAAAGUAAAGUGUUGUCGUAUCUCCCCUGCUAACCCCUUUGGUGAACUUUGACCAUUGUCCUCAUCUGAGCUAUAUAAUAAUACUAUUAAGAGGAUGGAAAGAUAAUUUGAAAGAUCUGAGACUAUGAAGAGCAAAUAAGAAAAUAAGUUUGCUGAGAUUUGGGGAAACAACAACAACAAAAAAAAAACUAAUGGACAAUUGGAGCUCUUUUCUUUCUAAGAAUAAGGAAAUUGCUACAAAGCUGGUGCAGGAUAUAACCUCUUAUUGCAUGACACUUCUGCAAACUAGCAAGAGCCUAGUGCUUUGUUUCUCAUGCUCCACUCAAAACCAUUACAUGAUGGAUCAUGUAAUGAAUGAAACUUUGGAAGCUCAUAUUGGGAGUGAUCAUUUAUCUUUGUAUAAAGCUGUACUAUUUCAAUGAUGUUUCCUGAACCUGCUCUGUUACUGAAUAUUGUAAA